AUGUACGAUUCCCAAGUUAACUGUCUAGGUUAUGAGACAUUAAAGGAACUCGAUAAUCUUAUCAUCAAAGUUAUUGUCGAUAACGAAACUGAUCCAUUAUCUUCUUCUAGUACUGGACUUGGAAUUGUUUCUAAUGAAAUUCAAAGGUCUAUAACGAACAAGAAUAAUGAAUUAAAUAUUUCUGAAUUCUGUUGUUCAGCACAUGGAUUUUCUAUUCUUCUUACGGGAACUCUAGAUGGAGAAGAACAUACUGUACUUUUUGACGCUGGACCUUAUGGAGAAAUAUUUUUAGAUAAUGCUAGAAAAUUGGGAAUCGAAUACGAGAAGAUCGAGGCUGUCGUUUUAAGUCAUUGGCAUUGUGAUCAUUCUGGUGGUCUCGUGGAUGCAAUUUCAAAAAUUUCAGAAGCACGUCUUCAAAAUUUUAAUCCUCCAAUAAUUGAUUUACCUCUUGAUAGACCUUCUCGUCGUGGCAUAAAAAGCCCAUCAAAUGGACAUAUUAUGAUUAUGAAUAAUCCUACAUUUGAAGAACUUGAGAAUGCUGGUGGUCAAAUUUUGAAAUCUAAUACACCACAUACAAUAUGUUCUAAUUUCUUUUUCAUAAGUGGAGAAAUUAAUCGUCAAACUACUUAUGAAACAGGAAUACCAAAUCAUAUGAGAUAUAAUGAAUUAACACAAUCAUGGGAAGAAGAUCCAUUAAUUAUGGAAGAGAGAUUUAUGGUUGUUAGAAUUAAAGGAAAAGGUUUAAUUGUGAUUACUGGUUGUGGUCAUGCAGGAAUUGUAAAUACUUCACUUCAAGCUCAACAACCUGUUAAUAGUCAAGAUAUUAAGAAACAAGAAAUUGAAAAAUUUUCAAUACUUUUAUUAUUUGGUGGAUUUCAUUUAUCAGGCAGAGAUCUUGAAAUAAGAAUAAAAGAAACAGUUAGAGAUUUAAAAAAUUUAAUUAAUCCUGCUUAUCUAGCACCAGGCCAUUGUAGUGGUUGGAGAUGUAGAGCAGCUUUAGAGUGGGAUCCUAUUAAUGAAAAUGAUGAUGAGAAAGUUAGUAAAGCAGGUGGAUUUUUUACUGGAAGAGUUGUAACUUCAAGUGUCGGAAAGAUAUUUAAUAUUAAUGGGAUUUAA